UAACACCCAAUGAAUUGCCGUUUUUUCCAGCCGCUUCGCAAUUGACAUUUUCAAAUUGGGAUUUCUUUGUCUUACAUAAAAUCGAAUUUGCUUUUCUAGUUCAAAAAUGGGCAAUCACUUUGAUUCCUAAGGAUGUCUCGGCUUGCAUGCCGUGGCAUGACAUAGCUAUUGGAUUCAUUGGAGCCCCAGCGGUGGAUGUCGCAAACCAUUUUAUAGAACGUUGGAAUUAUAUUAAAUCCAGAAACGUAAUAAAUUACGUUAUAAGAUACUCACACCCAAUUUUAAAAAAAACAGAAAUUAAAGAAUUUCAAAAAGAUAUUAGAUCAUACAAUUACUUUAAUGAAACUGUUGAGGCUGAUACUACGAAAGGCACAUGUUCUGUGCAAAUUUUAAGAAGUGUUUGUAGGUGGAGUCAUGGAAUUGAGGUCGAAGAUUCAAUUCACAAGCCGUAUUUGCAAGCUAUCGCAGAGGCGGAACAUUUUAUUUACAUUGAGAACCAAUUUUUCA